AUGCUUCCAAAUUUGCUUCUUUUAGUAAUUGCAUUUCAUGUCGAAGCUAUAAUCAAAGACAAAGACUGUCGGGAUUCAAAUGCGUAUUCACCUGAUAUCUACGCCAAUGAUCGAGAAAGGGGACGAAUAAAAUUGCUACUUUUCAAUGACGUGGAGCCGAAAAAAUACGUCUGUCGAUUAGAGACUGAAGCUGCUAGAAUUCGCAAUACGCUCAAGGGGAUUAACUACGACAAAAAAGUCCUGCAGAAAUAUGCGGAAAAGGCACUGCUUAUCAAACCGAAAACCGACUUGAAUGUCACUGUAGUAACAGAGAGCAAAUUGCAGUACCUGGACAGCAUUGCAAGCGCUGCCGGCUGUGCUAGUGGCGAAAGCAAAUUAGAACAACCAGCGUCUACAACCCGAACAACAACUACUACAACAACACCACGACCUACGCAACCCAGACCGAAACCUAAGAAAAAAGCGAAACGAAAGACAAAGAAAAAGGGUAGAAAGCAAGGCAAGAGAAAGGCAACACAGAAGAAAAAGCAGAGAAAAGCUAAAGCACCACCUAAAGUAGUCAAGAUAGUAGAAUCGAGCACAAAGCCAGAGAAAAAUGAAGUACAGCAGAGCCCCAAAGUUACUACCAUGAUUAAGUACUAUGUAUGCGUGUACAAGAGUCGAGGGGCACUCGAGAAGAAAGCUCAAUGA